AACAAGUGAUCGAUAUAAUUGUGAAUCCUGAAGCCUUGUAGUCAGCGGUGUAAAGAGACAGAAACACAUCCCAUCAUGCCUUGUUAAUCAAAAUGGCGGACGACGAGAAGAAUUUUACGUUUCAGUUUGUUCCAAACAAAACUUUCCUGGGUUUUGAGUCUUCUGAAGUUAAAGAACUUUUUAUGAAGUGGGGAAUGAUAUCGCGAAGUAAGGUGCAAAUGUUCUCGUACGACCAGUUAUUUCAGGCGUAUCAGAAAGACAAAUUUGUUUUGGACUUUUUUCAAGAUCCUGCUGUAAUAUCAAGUCUGCAGAUUGUGUCUCCCUCUGAUACAUGGGGUCCAUUGAGUGUCAAAGCAUCUUCUGUUACAGCAGAACCUGUCUCUUGUGUUGUUACAUCAAUGGACUUUUUUGACAGACUUCAAGAGCAAGGUAUUGUGAGGGAGUCAGGAAAUAUCAGAAAGUGUUUUGAUGAGUUUUAUGAAGACUUUGUCAUUUCUGAUGAACUCAGAAAGGUCUUAAUUCUGGAAGAAGCAGAAACAUAUCCAAUAUUUAGUGAUGCAGACAGAAACGAGUUUAUUUUCCUGAUUUUCAAGCAUAUAUGUCUUGGAGGCCAAGUUUGUCAAUAUGAAGAUGACAUAAACCCUUACCUCGAAACAACCAAAACAAUUUAUAAAGAUCUGUUAAGUGUACACAAAGACCCGACUACCAAGAAGUUGCAAGUCGGAUCAGUUGUGCUAAAAGUCUCUGCUCAGGAUGAAGAUGGUUCACCGAUUUACCCUUCACUUACGCCACACGAUCAGUCUUUUGCUUACAUGUGCAUCAACCUGCUCAAGAGACACGUGUACAUCUGGUAUCACUCGUGGACGUAACAGGCAGAAACAAACACGACCCGUGAACAUUGGCUGUAUAUGAACAAACGUGUUUGCCUUAAGUUCCGUCUCGUCUGCUCCAGUGUACUUUCUGCGUCAGUUCUCGUCAAACACACAUGGCGGUACGGAAGUAACAAAUACUUGUGGGAAAAGUGUUUCCCAAGGAGUUUCCAGCUUUUAGGCUGAUAACACAAUUUG